AUGGAUGCGCCAGAGCCCGAACAGACCCCUUUCGCGGCCGUCACAGCCCAUACCACCAAGUUGCAGAGACAAUAUCAAGCGAUCUUGGAUCAGUCAACUCCAUUUGUCACAUACCGAUGGAUUGGCACAGGCGUGGCUCUGCUGAUGUUCUUCUUGCGCAUAUUCUUCGCGCAGGGAUGGUAUAUUGUUGCCUAUGCCCUAGGAAUCUAUCUCCUGAACCUGUUCCUGGCCUUCCUCCAGCCGAAAUUCGACCCUUCGAGCGACGCCCUGGAUAACGAGAUGGAAGAUGGCUCUGUUGGCACCCUCCCAACCAACCGAGACGAAGAAUUCAAGCCCUUUAUCAGACGUCUUCCCGAAUUCAAGUUCUGGUACUGGGCAACCAGAGCCAUUGGCAUUGCCUUUCUCUGCACCUGGUUUGCCAUCUUUGACGUGCCCGUCUUCUGGCCCGUCUUGGUCAUGUACUGGUUGAUUCUCUUUGUCCUUACCAUGCGCCGACAAAUCCAGCACAUGAUCAAGUACCGCUACGUGCCCUUUUCCGUUGGCAAGAAGUCUUACAACAAGGACCGGUCGUAG